AUGUCUUCCUCCAGACUGGAACUCCGUUUGGCUGCCUGUUUACUAAACAUAUCAGAAGCCAGAAGAAAACAUGUUGUUGAGAACGUAGCAAAAGCAGCUCUUCUGGGAAAAAAUGGACAGAAACUUCCUGAAGUGUCAGUGCUGAAUAUAUUUUCAGAUCAAGACUACAACAGAUCGGUCAUUACAAUAGCAGCAUCUAUUGAUAAAUUGGGCAUCGCAGAGAGCCUGGCCCUGUCCGUUCCUGGCUGCAGUGUGUUUCUCUUUGGUGAAGCUGACCUGCCUGAGAAGAGAAGUCUGGUCCAGAGAAGGAAGCAACUGGGCUGGUUCAUGAGGAGGGACUUCUGUGCUCUGGAGCCUGACCUGGGGGCCGCACCUGCUCGAAGAUGUGGUUUAACAGGUUCUGUGCAUGGCUUUCAUUCUUUGCUUGCUUCGGGGCGUUGUGACAGUUGUGUUGGAAUAGAAUUGGAAUUUCAGCCUUGCGGUGAAGGGGCUCAAGCUGCCACGAUGCAGCCAAGUAUCGGCGCUAGUCCCUACGUAAUGAACUGCAACGUUACCAUAGACUCUCAGGACUUGGCUGUCGGAAAGGAGAUUGCCAGUGCCAUUCGGGGCUCCAGUGCACAUGGAUUGAAGGGUGUUCAGGCCAUGGCUUUUCCUCAUGCUGGGAAAAUUGAAAUUGCCUGCAAUGUGGAGAGUUUUGAAGACCAAGAAGCUGGAGGAAGCUCAGAGGACUGUCAGUAUCUGACGUACAGCGUGCUUGGGAGCUGUUUUUCUUACAUGUCACCUCAUUACAUAGAAACUCAAGUGAAGAAGCUGGCAGGCGCUCGAGGAAUUGGUACUGUAGGUAGAGCAUUGGUUGGAUUUACACCUGAAGAGUGUAAGAAUUGUGCUGAAUAUGCCCUACGGGAAAGUAUUGGGGAGUUCUGGAAAAAACGCGGUGGUGUUUUCAUGUAA